GCCGCGGGCCCGGACCCCAGCGCCAAGCAGCCGCCGCAGCAGCAGCCAGAGCCCCCUCUGGCCCCCUCCUCCCGCGAGGAGACGUGCCACUUCCUCAAUGCUAUCUUCCUUUUCCUCUUCAGGGAGCUCAGGGACACGGCCCUGGUCAGGAACUGGGUCACCAAGAAGAUCAAGGUGGAGUUCGAGGAGCUGCUCCAGGCCAAGAUGACGGGAAAGGUGCUGGAGGGGCUCAGCCUCAGGGACGUUUCGCUCGGCAACGUCCUGCCCGUCUUCAAAGCUGUCAAGCUCAUUCGGCCGGUGGUCUGCAAUGAAGAGGGCUGCCCCGAGGAGCUGGGCUUUGAGGUAGACCUGGAGUACAACGGUGGCUUCCACUUGGCCAUAGAUGCUGACCUGGUCUUUGGCAAGUCGGCCUACCUCUUUGUCAAGAUCUCCCGGGUGAUGGGGAAGCUGAAGCUGGUCUUCACACGCCUGCCCUUCACACACUGGUCCUUCUCUUUUAUGGAUGACCCUGUGAUACUGUUCGAAGUGAAGUCUCAGUUUGAAGGGAGGCCCAUGCCUCAGCUCACUUCCAUCAUUGUGAACCAGUUCAAGAAGGUUAUUAAGCGCAAGCACACCUUACCCAAUUAUAAAAUCAGGUUCAAGCCAUUUUUUCCAUUUCAAGUAUUGCCACCUCACGAAUUUGAAGAUCGAGACCUCUGUAUACAGGAUUUUCUAUUGACAGAAGGUCGCCUAAAAGUCACGUUAAUUGAAUGUACAAGGUUACUUAUUUUUGGAUCCUAUGAAAGAGAAACAAAUGUUCAUUGCACAAUGGAGCUGAGCAGUAAUGUUUGGGAAGAGAAAUCAAGAAGUUCUAUUAAAACGGCAGAGCUAGUGAAAGGGAAUCUGCAAAGUGUUGGGCUCACGCUCCGCCUUGUGCAGUCCAAGGAAGAAGAUGCAGGGCAUGUUGUCAUUGAAACUGUGACUCCAAACUCACCUGCUGCCGCUGCUGAUCUACAGAGGGGAGACAGACUGCUAGCAAUCGGCAGUGUUAAGAUCACAUCAACUGUACAAGUGUUGAAGCUUAUUAGACAGGCUGGGGACAGAGUCUUAGUCUUUUAUGAAAGGCCGGUUGGGUAUAAUCAGCAUGGUUCAGCACUGCAGGAUGGAUUUGGACAAUUAGAAGACACUGCAUUCUUGACACAGCCAGAAGAUGACCAAGCUAGUUUAUCAGCUGAUGUUGAUAACAGAGAUUUUGAUUCAGAAUUUGAGGACUUAGCUUGUGAAUCGCCUGACCAAAAAGAAGAUCUGCCAACAACUCUGAGUCCCAAACGUUCAGUAGUAAUACUUGCUGCUAAACCACUUGGAACUAUAUCUCCGAUUCUGAAUCGAAAACUACAUUUAGGAAGUUAUCAGACAACAUCAAAAACGCAACAGAAAGAUGGGGCUAAAGUGGCAACACCCAAGACUAUUGAGGGUUCAGAUGUAUCACAGCAAUCGGGUAAACAGUCACAAGGAUCCACUACUAAGCCUCCUGUGCCACCUAGGCCACAGAGUAAGCCUAUUUUGCCUACUAGUGAAACUCAAAAUCUGUUAGAAACUGGAGGUGUAUCUUCUGAAAAACCAGAGAGGCCACCUCCACCUACAAAUAAUGGAGAUAAAUGUACAGAGAAGGUAGUAAAGAAUAAUGAUCAAAUAGAAGACCCAAUGGUAUCAAAAGUAAUAACAGCACCAAAACAAGAUACAGUAAAAGAUGGACUUUCAGAAAAUGCACGUAAUUCUAAAGAUAGUGGAGAUGAUCAUCAAACAUGGGAAUCACCAGAAAUCCCUUAUAAAAUCCGGCAAGGCCGAUGGCCAAGGACAAGAACAUCUUCCUGUCUAUUUGAAGUAGAAGGAUACCAUAAGUACCUUAAUGUUGCACUAUGGUGCAGAGACCCUUUCAAAGCGGGUGGUUUUAUCUGCUUAGGAUAUGCAAGCAUAAAACUUGAAGAAAUUGCUUUAGAUUGUAUAGCUACAUCCUCAAUGGAAUAUAUUAGAACAUUUAAACUAGAUGCUCCUACAGCUAAAGCAGCAGUCACUAGAACAGCAUUGCGGAAUUUGACAACCCAUAAGGGAUUCAAUGAAAAAUUUUGUUAUGGUGAUGUAACUUUACACUUCAAAUAUUUAAAAGAAGGUGAAAUAGAUGAUUCAAACUUUCUCCUGGAGAAAGAAAGGGAAUCUCACUUGGAAGAAGAAGCUCGUGCACUUCAGAAGGAGGAUCCUUACUUGGGACAAAUUGUUCUUACAGAGAACAAGCAUAACUUUCAAGAUACUCAGUUUCAGAAUCCAACUUGGUGUGAUUACUGCAAAAAGAAAGUAUGGACUAAAGCGGCUUCGCAGUGCAUGCUCUGUGCUUACGUUUGCCAUAAAAAAUGUCAGGAAAAAUGUCUAACUGAGACACCGUUUUGUGUAGGAGCUGAAAAGCGACUUGAUCGAACUGUGGGAGGCUGCAGAGCAGAAGGACAGGAAGCUCCCCAAGCUGCAUCCUCUCGUGUUGAUUCAGAAUCUAAAUCUGUUAACAGAACUACAGGCUUGACCAGGCAUAUCAUCAAUACAAGUACCCGUUUGUUAAACCUUCGUCAAGUCCCGAAAGCUCGCCUUUCUGAGCAAGGAACAGAGGUGGUAGAACCUUCGCCAAAGCACACUCCAAACACUUCUGAUAAUGAAAGUAGCGAUACUGAAAUCAGUGGGCCAAGCAGUCCUUCAAAACGUGCAACGGGUACUGGGAUAAAGUUGGUCCGAAAGGAGGGUGGUCUAGAUGACAGCGUCUUCAUUGCUGUUAAAGAAAUUGGACGUGAUCUCUACAGAAGUUUACCCACAGAGGAGCGUUUUCAGAAAUUAGAAUUUAUGUUGGAUAAGCUGCAGAAUGAAAUAGACCAGGAGCUGGAAAAUAAUAAUUCACUCGUUAAAGAAGAAAAAGAGACAACCGAUGCCAGGAAAAAAGCCUUGAUUUCUGCUGCGCUGGCUAAGUCGGGUGAAAGACUGCAGGCCCUCACGCUGCUGAUGAUCCACUACAGAGCAGGCAUUGAGGAUAUAGAGUCUUUGGAGAACAUGUCAUUAGAGCGGCAGUCCAAAAGAGUGACUAAAGAUUCAGAGGAACCCAAUAUAGCAGAAGAAAUGGAUAAUGAAGAUGUCAGUCUGAUGGAGGCUCCAACAUUCAACGUCAUAUCAGAAGAACCAGUUGAUCCACCUCAAUCAGUAGACUGA